AUGAGAACCAUCGAAUGCUGGACAAAAGCUCAGUCCGUUUUCACCCGAAACGAGGGACUGCGUCGACGUGAGCAGCGCGAUUCAUUCGUCCACUUCUGUUUCGCCCUUUUGUGUCAUGGCUCUCCAUCUCGAAGGGACAAUUGGUUGGAAACAAUUCGUGAGGAUUGCCGCGUAGGCAAGACUACUGAAUUGGGCCGAGUAGUCACCGGCUCACCGUCCUGCCAGCCCGAGGAAACUGUGUGUCUGUACCACCGUGACAGACAGCAUCAGAGACCCGAAGAUGUAUUCUUCCUGACCAGCUGUCGAUUGGCUCUACUGGAGCCCUUUUGUUGA